CUUGUGUGUGUUUGCUGAAAAACAGUAGUUGUAAGUGUGGCAUUCGAACGGAGCCCCCCGGUCGUCUCACGGACUAUUGACCCGUACACCACUAAUCCGCUGCCACCAACUAGGUCCUCCCCGGUAAAUCACUUAGUCUCAGUCAGGUUCUUAAGUUAACAAAGAAGAGUGUAGUUUAUUGCAAACACAAAUAAACUUUAACUGCAUUCAAAAUGUUGUUACUCUUUACCUUCUUAGUCUUAUUUUAUCCUGUCUCUUAACUCUUCUACCUGCCCUCACUCAAGAACCAACUGCACUAACUGUCUCUCUAAUUCCAACUGUCGGCCAACUGCUUUCCCAACUGCCUUUUUCCAACCAACCAACCAAACCAUGGACUAAGCCCUUUUAUAAACAGGUAGGCUCUGCCUCUGGCUUUUCUAUUGGUCUACCUAUUAACUCUUUCUCUCCCCCUGUACAGGCAUUUUAAAAAGAACGGGCAAAUGCCACAGUAAGGAACACAUGUGGACUCAAAGCCCUGCCUGAGAGCAUGCCUGGGGACUGGUGGCAAUAGGGUGCUUGCUAGCUGCAUCACCAUGGCUUAACAGAGUAGGGGGUUCCGUGUUGUCAUUUUGUGGUGAUGAUGGGGUGCAAUGGGUGUGUCCCAAUUGUGCUGAGUUCAUUGACUGCCUCUGUGGGGGAGUGGCAUCGCUGGGCUCAGCACAGCUUUGGAAUGGUGGGCUGUGGUUGGAGUUUCCAGAGAUGCCAGGAGACUGUCAUUUCCCCAGAAACAUCACUUUUGUAUUUUAUGCUAAUUUCUCCCUGCCAUCUUGGGCAGGGCACACAUUGGAUGUGGUACUCUGUACUGCCAGCAUAGCAGUGGUAUAUCUCCAGUUCUGGACUAAUGUAUUGCUCUGUUCCUGCCAACCUAGCAGUUCGAAAGCACGUCAAAGUGCAAGUAGAUAAAUAGGUACUGCUCCGGCGGGAAGGUAAAUGGUGUUUCCGUGUGCUGCUCUAGUUCACCAGAAGCGGCUUUGCCAUGCUGGCCACAUGUACGCCGGCUCCCUCGGCCAGUAACGCGAGAUGAGUGCCGCAACCCCAGAGUUGUCUGCGACUCGACCUAAUGGUCAGCAGUCCUUUUACCUUUACCUUUUUUGCUCUGUUAGUUGAUUUCAGAAGUGAUAGCUCAUCUUCUUUGUGUUUUCCAUUUAACUAAUAGAUUUUUUUAUACACACACAAACACACACAAAACGUUUGGGCCUCUCCAUCAGUCGAAUUUUCUCAUUCGAAAAAGCCCAGGGUUUUUUUGGGGGGGGGGGGUCGCACAUGAAAUCACAUCCCAGCCGCCACUCCCGCUAAUGAUCGUUUUACAUAAUCCCAUGCACAGAGAAGGGUUCGGCAUCGACGGUCUUGGGCCACGAGGUGGCGCAGGCUCACAAACCACCACGCCGACAAAAAUCCGGAUUGCAGAAGCAUUUCAGAAACUGUCUCCCACACCCGAGAGCUCUUCCCAGCCCCUUUCCUCCCCGCUCCCCCUCCUUCCCUGCAGUUUCCAUACUUAAUUACAUUUAUUUCGGAAUUACUAGGCAACCCACCUCCAGAUGUGCAGCUUAAAGGUGAGGCGCGUGUGCUGGGAUCUUCACAUCCCGCACCGCACACCGUCAUGUGAUAGUGGGAGAAUAAGGUGGAGUUCAGCUUUAAGGGGGACGCCUCCUGCUCCGCUCACCCAAUCUUCGGGAUCCGUGGUGGGCAAAUGCCAGCGGGUCUGUCCUUCUUUUGCCUUUCGCUUCCCAAGUCAGUCGUCUCUUAUCCUCUCGCUUCAGCACUUAGGAUGGUGCUUGGAAGAAAGGAAGAAUGCAGGUGAGAGACUCUUUUGUGGCUGUUAUUAUCCUUUUUUUAAAAAGCCAGCGGAUCUCUCCCCACCCCCUAAAGGCGUUUACCUGUUCCCAUUUGCACAUUGGACGGAAUGACCGUGCCCGCGAAACGAGCCAUCUCCCCAAUCUGACACGUGCUAGACCCGGGCUUCGCAGUAAUGGGAAGAGAACCGCUUCGAGCGCAGUUGUCGAGCCGAUCCGAGGCAGCGCCGUCGGACGCGCCUGUUGGGCAUCUUGUAAGGGGCGCAUCUCAAGCCACCAAAACUUCCGAAAAGAUCGGAGAGAGAGGGAGGGAGAGAGGGAGAGGAGGAGGGGAGAAGGGGGCUUUUUCUUUUUUGCUGGAAGAGAGAGGAAAGAAGCUGUGAGUAGAGCCGAAGGCUGUUCUGUAGGUCUUCAAGCCAGCCGAUGCCGAAAAACUGGGGAGAAUCUGUCAGCAACGGCGAAGGGCGAAAGGGCGGGCAGAGGCGCGGAGCGCUUCGCAGAAGGACCUAGGCGCGUGAUCUCUGGCCCCUUUUAUCCGCACGCCUGGCUCUCCCAGCCAGGAGGAAUGUAAACAUAGGGAAGAAGCUGGUAUACAGGGAGGAAAGGAGGGGAAUUGUAGGGGGUUGGGGUCCCCCAGCCCAUUGCAAAGCAGGAAUCUCAACUAAAGCAUCCAUGACAGAUGGCCAUCCAGCUUCUGCUGCAAGUGAGAGUCUUUUCGGGUUAGGGUAACCCGCUGAAGGGAAGUGGGACCGCUCUUUCCGUCGAAAGGGACAACAGUGGGAAGCCUGUGUAGUCCUUCAGAUGUGGUGGGGCUCCGCCUGCCCUCCUCGCCGGCCAGCAUCCCCAGUGGUCAGGGGUGAUGGGCGUUGGAGACAUUUGGAGGUUCCCCGUCCUUCUCCAAGCCUUUAUUUUCCAGAAAGUAUACGGAAGGGGUAGUAAAUACCCCGCUGAACCUUGACCCUUAGGAAUCUUCGGCAGACGCAGCAGCUAUGGCUGCAGGGAGUCGCCUGUAGUUAAUGUUUAGGGCAGAUCCGGACUGGAGGGUCCGAUUGGAGAGACGCGGUGGGAUGGGACGGGGUGGGUGUCAAGUUACAGCCGGUCGGCUCAGGAGCGCACGAGGUCUCCAGGAGACCCGGGGGGCGGGGAGGACAGCAUUGUGGGUAAUGUUGUAUUAGAAAGGAAGGCGGUCGUGGCAAAUAAAUGACCCCCGUUUUCCCAGAACCAAGACACAGAGGAGGCUCAGGUCUCCUCCGCAGAAAAAGCGCAGAUGGAAUUAGAGCAGAUGAAACGAACUAGCCACGUCUCCUCAAUUCCCACGAGGGGGUCCGUCGUUGGUGGAGGGUUCUCCCCAUGUUAAGUGGGGGCUUUUGUUGCAUGAAAGCAAAGAGGCUCAAACAAUGGAAGACAAUUGGAGGAAGACGGUCUGACGUCUGCUGCACUCCACAGACUGGUCGUGAGGAUGAAUCGGAUUGAAGCCGGUUUAGAUCCCACUUCCCUAACCUCCCUUGGUUGCGUCCCCACACAGACAGGCGGAUCCUAUCCCCCUCCUCCCUCCUCUAAGGGUGCUGUUUUAGCUUCCCAGGAUUCAGGAGCAAGGCGUGAGAGGGGGUUGGGGGAGAUGCUGACUUAAUGUGGGAGCUUCUUAAGGGCUGAAGAGGAAAAUUGGAAUUCCCUGCCUCCCCUCAACACACACACACACACACACACACACACACACACACACAGAGCGUUCUGGCCGAUGCACUUGACUGUCUAGUCUCAUCCUAUGUAUAUUUUCCCCCAUUGAGUUCAAUGAGCAUAUUCCCAUGGAAGGGUACAUCGUUUGCCACCUGACAUCUCAUCCUCAAUGUGUGAAGGCAGACAACUUAAUAAUAAUAAUAAUAGGCCUCUCCCAACAACAAUAGUAUAAAUGUAUUCAGAAGAUUUCAACAGAGAUUUUUUCUAAGUGUUUUAAGAGUAGGGAGUUGGGUGUGCGUGUUUGUUUGGAAUCAAGUCUCACUGAGUCAAAAAGUUUGCCAUGCAUAGAAGCCAGUUCCUCAGCUCCCCAUCCUAUGUCCUUUGGCUUAACUGGUUUCUGGAUCGGGCUAUAUUGGGGUCCGUGUAAGUUUUCUGUCUACACCUCCUGCUUUUUGCCCUUUUAAUGAAGCAGAAAGGGUUGCAGUUUGGUCAGUGACUGUGAUCCUCUUGAGCUAUGUUUUGACAUAGGAGCCAACUCCUAGGGGCCAAGGUCCCUUCUCCCCCUCAUAAAAUAUUUGAGCCCCUCCAUCCCCAUCAAUGGACAUUGCCAUUCAAAUGGUGUGCAUGUGUGCGUCUUGUGAUCGAUUAUGCCCCCCAAUAUUGUAUUCAAGUUGGCACCCCUGUGUUCUGAUGUGAGGAUUUGCCUGUGUCUGGGUCAGAAAGGUUUAUCAAGAUUCCCUUUCAGGAAUAGGCUCUUGCCUGGCAGUCCAGCCUUUGCUCAGGGCAAUCAACUUUGGAAAGUUUUGAUAGAUGGGAAAGAAGGCAGGGUGUGAAUAUUAAACACCAGCAUGAUCUUAACCAUGCCUUUCCUUACUUAACAGUGCAAUCCUGUUCUACUGGGAACAAUUGGGUUCAAUGAGGCUAACUCUCAGUUAAGUGGUACAGGAAUGCAUUCCAAAGAGGCAGUUCCAUUCCCUCUUAUCUGACAGCAAGCCCCACUGAAGUAAAAGAGGAUUGCACUGUUGUUGUUGUUGCACUAUUAGUGUGUUUAGGGUGGCACCUAUGCAGCCUGAUACCAAAGUUUAAGUUUUUCCUGAAUUCCUGGCACCAGCAGUAUUAGAAUUUAACAAAGGCUUGGGGGUGUUAGAAGCAGGAAAUAGCCAGAUUCUGUGUGUGCAUUAGGCCUAACCCCUGUGAUUAGGCUGUGUGCUAGACAAUGCUAAUCCAAGGGAAUCAACAUAAAUUAAGUGUUAAUUAAGUCAGACGCAUCCCCUUUGAGAUGGCAGCCUGGGGGUAAUAUAGGACAACACAGGAUCAAAGCGAGUGGGACAUCUCCUCUGCCUGUGUUGCAAAAAGCCAGGGAGAGAAUAGAGAGUUAGGAGUAAUGUGGGCCGAAGCUUCGUGCAGAGUGUUGUAGCAUUAUUCAACAGAAUUAGUAAGCAGUGGGCUGGAGAGAGAGGCAGAGAAAUGGCAGGUGUCUGUUUAAAUCCAAUGCUGCUGCCCUCCAGCUUGGACUCAGGUUGUAUAUAUGUGUAAAUGAACUACAUUCUUCGCUGUGCCUCAUUUCUAAAGGAAACACAGGUCCUGUGUAAGCGCUCAGUCCCCUGGAAUCUUGCACUGCUGUGGAGAUUGGGGUCAUGUGUAACAGUACAGUAUGUAAGGCUGCAAAACUAAUCAUACUUAGCUAGGAAGUAACUUACUCCAUGGGUCCUAGAAGGAGAAUAGUUUUCCAAUGAAAGAAAUCUUAACUGAUUAAUCAUGGGCUCUUCCACACCAGUUUACUGUGUGUUUGCAGCUGUUUGCAUUCACAUUUAAUUUGUGUUGUUCACAUGAUGUUACCCUUGAACAAUGCCCAUCUUAAUGCUUCUGCUUGUAAAUUCAGGCUCACCUGAUACUGGAAUAAUGCAAAUUCCCUUCCAAACCACUCCACUCGGGAUCACUUAUUAUUAUUUGUUUUUGUGAUUGUGGUUGAUUGGAGCAAUUGCCACUUUCUGCUCCUCCCCUUCCCAUACCCAGUACUUCUUCAUUGCUUUCAUUUCCUUUGUGGUCGUUCUUGUAACUAUUUCCAGUGUGCUCCGCAAAGGCUGUUUUCCUUUCUUUCUUUUGCACAAAAUCAGAAAACGGAAUGAACGAAUUUGCUUUUGCACACUUCUUGGGUGGGGUGGUGAAAUGUUUAUUAAAAACAAGGCUCAUGCAUCUACCUGCACACAUGCCCUGACAGUACUUAACUGGCAUAAUAGUAUUAACCAAUUGGAAGACAGGGACAAGCACAGAACAGCUACAGGCAUGAACAGGAAGAACUGAAGCUGCACCUCAUAUACAAAUUCAGAUAUGUGCAGGUGUGGGCAGCCCCCAUCUAACUCAAAUAGAGGGGAAGUGUAUUAGCAGCUAAAUAAAGUGCAAACCUGGAAAAGCCCAAAAUGAAUUUUAAUUGAUUGAUUAUUCAAUAUGCAUAAAGGAGAAAAAAAAUAAGGGAAUAAUAUGCACUUCAUUUUUAGAUGAUGAUACAUGUUGCAGCAAGCAUCACUGAGAAGACACAUUCCCUCUUCUCUGUCACACAGAAGGGAAUACCUCUUCUAAUAUAUAGAUGCUUCAUAUUUACUAAUUUACUAAUGUACUAAUUUGCUAAUAAAAACAGCAGAUGACAAGCACCAUCUUAGACAGGGAAGGGGAACCUGUGUUCCUGCAGAUUUUCGUGGAUUCCGGCUCCAACACCCAUCCCUGAGCAUUGGGCCACUGGCCCUUCAGAUAUUGCUAGAUGACAACUCUAAACCAUCUCAGCCAGCAUGUCCAAUGCUCAGGGAUGGGUGUUGGAGCCAGAAUCCACGAAAAUCUGCAGGAACACAGAUUCCCCUUCCCUGUCUAAGAUGGUGCUUGUCAUCUGCUGUUUUAUUAGUAAAUUCUGUCAUCCAUUUUAUCAAUUUUGUUGUGCAAAUUGUUGUUGUUGUUGUUGUUGUUGUUGUUAAGAAAACUCUACCUGAACCAUAUGAGUGUCCUCUGAGCCCCUUCUCUGUUUGCCCCGUCUGAGAAACCUUUGGAGGGUGGCAGCAGUAGAGAGGGACUUUUCCUUUGUCCCUCCUUGACAUCCCCAGAUCUCCAGACUGUGACACGCUGUCCUAGAACUGACAUUGACAUAUUUUUGGCACCACAUUAAGACUCUUCUCUCCAUCUGGGCAUUUGAUGGAAUGUUGUUGUUGUUUAGUCGUUUAGUCGUGUCCGACUCUUCGUGACCCCAUGGACCAGAGCACGCCAGGCACUCCUGUCUUCCACUGCCUCCUGCAGUUUGGUCAAACUCAUGCUGGUAGCUUCGAGAAUAUGACCCAGCUAAGAUUUCUAUUGCUAGCAGUCUAGGUUGCUGAUAAAGCCCCCAUCCCAUUUGGAAUCUGGUGUUCAUUUUAUGUUCUGAUCAGUUGUUUAACUUUUGGUGGCUUUUGUUUUUACAAAUGCAUGUUUUAAAACCUGGCUGUAAAUUGCAGAGAGGCCAUUAGGUGAAUAACAAAUUAAAUAAAUUAACAACAACAACAUCUAAAUUAUUAUUUUUAUUUAAACCUGCUGGUCAGUAAGUUAGGGGAACCUUUUUGGCUGACCAAUAUAUUUUAACAGAUUCAUCAUGCUGAUAAAAUUCGCUAAACUCGCAGCCCUGUUUCUGAUUAAACAUGUUUAGGAUCACACCACAUGUUUCUAAAAUGAGAGAUGUUGGCGCAUGAAUGCAACUCCACCAUCUAGCCUGGAAGCUCUUCCUCUAAGCUCUAGAUGCAUAGAUGACGUGCCUUUUAUAUGAUACGAUACGAUAAUCUUUAUUGUCAUUGUCCCAUACAGAACAAUAAAAUUGAAAAAAUCUACAUCAGACAUUCAAAAACCAACAAGUCUGCUAUCCCAGCUAUCCCAGCCUGGUUAACCCCCUAAAAACUCUGAUACCCCAUAAUUAAAUACAAUAUACUCCCACAGAGACUACCUUACACUCUGUUUAAAACCAAAAUCGCAUUUGGAUAAAAACUGUUUCUCAGGCAGCUAGUCCUAGUCUUUAUAACCCUGUACCUUCUUCCAGAAGGCAGAAGCUGCAAGAGAUCAUUUCCAGGGUGCGUACUGUCCUGCACUAUCUCUGCAGCUUUCUUAUGCAUAGCUGUCAACUUUCCCCUUUUCUUGCAAGGAAUCCUAUUCGGAAUAAGGGAAUUUCCCUUUAAAAAAAGGGAAACAUUGACAGUUACGUUCUUAUGACACCUGGAGCAUAGAUUUGAUCCAAGGUGGGAAGAGUGCACCCAAUUAUUCUCUCUGCAGUCUUUACAGCCCUGGACAGCAUUGUUUUUUCCCCUGACGGUGCAGCUCCCAAACCACACACACAGACCAUAAGUUAAUACACUCUCAACAGUACAAUGGUAGAAUGCCAUCAACAGGUCCUUUGAGAGAUUAUUUUUCUGGAGGAUUCUCAGAAAAUGUAACCUCUGCUGUGCUCUCUUCAUCAGGUCUUUACAGUCCCCCCCCCCCCCAGGUUAGGUCUUCUUUUAAAUGGAGAAGCUCACCUUUUCUCCAUGCUGAGGGGCUCUGCUUUCUAGUCCAAUCUAAGUCCUGUUACUGAAACCUUGCUUGGGCGCUUGGUUCAUCUUACCUCCUGUGUUAGACUUCCUGUUAAAAAAACCAGACACACCACAGUGGCAGACCAGACCCUCCAAGUGUCCCUAUUUUCCAGAGACAGUCCCGGAUUUACAGAAGCCAUCCUGGUUUCUGAUUUGAUCUCAGAACGUCCCACUUUUCCUUAGGAUGUCCCUAUUUUUAUUGGACAAAUGUUGGACGACAUGGAGUUAUUUGACCCCCAAGCUGUCUGAAGGCAAUCCUGUAUAGGGAAGGGUUUUUUUUUUUUUUUAAAAAAUAAUGUUUAAUGUUUUAUUAGAUUUUUAUAUAUGUUGGAAGCUGCUCAGAGCGGUUGGGGCAACCCAGUUAGAUGUGUGGGGUAUAAAUAGUAAAAUUAUCAUUAUGGAGUGAGACGUCUCUAUUUUCAACAGAGAAAUGUUGGAGGGCAUGCAGUGGAUGCUGGUGAAUGAUAACCUCCCUGGUUGAAAUGCCAUGUCUUCUUCUACCACACUUCCACUAUUGUAGCUUUCAUGUUUGUCAUCUAUGUUGCAUUUGCUGACCACGAGAAAUGAAGCUAGUUUGUUUAUCAGAACUCGGAGGAAAGUAACAGGGCAGCCAGCAAGCUCCAAAGACCGUUGAAGCUGGUUUGGGCUUAAGCUGGUGGGGAAGCUCAGGCUUAGGGGCCUCCCUAUCUAAUCCUCAGGACUCUUCCCUCCCCUCCGUAAGCCUCAGAACCUCACCAGUUUUGCUCCGUUCUCUCACAAGUACUUUUGCCUGGCUGAAAUGUGCCUUCCUUGAAAGUUGAUAGGGCCUGAAUGGAAGUGUGUGUGUGUGUGUGUGUGUGUGUGUGUGUGUGAAACUGUGACUCUUCUAGUAUGGCUGGAAUGUAUUAUUUUAUUCCCUUCUUCCUUUCCAGCUGUACAGUGGUACCUCAGGUUACAUACGCUUCAGGUUACAGACUCCGCUAACCCAGAAAUAGUAUCUCGGGUUAAGAACUUUGCUUCAGGAUGAGAACAGAAAUCGUGCUCUGGUGGUGGCGUGGGAGCAGCGGGAGGCCCCAUUAGCUAAAGUGGUGCUUCUUAACCAGUUUCAGGUUAAGAACGGACCUCUGGAACGAAUUAAGUACUUAACCCGAGGUACCACUGUAUUUGCUUCUCACCCCACUGGACAGCAGUCAGGUUUCUGUUAGCACCAGCUCCCCUUUUAAGCACAGGCAAGGGGCUGAGGAGGAGAGGCUGUGGGCCAGGUUGGAGGGACCCACAGGCCACCUCUGGCCCACGAGCUAAAGGUUCCCCAUCUGUGAUAUAAGCCAAUGAAAAGUAGGUGCUCUUAUGGAUCAAGGCUGUGGGCUGCCUUGGUAAACUCAGCCUUCAGCUCAAGCCUUUACAUUUAAGGGGAAACUUAAGUUGCAUGAAGAGGUUUCAGAAGAGGGGGGAAAUACCCCACAAGGCUUUGCGGUCUAUUGAUUGCAUCAAAUGUGGGUCAAUUAAUUGCUGGUUUAAGUUUCCAUUGAUUCUGUCUUUCUAUGCUGCCUUUUCAUAAAUGGCAAGAGAUUGCUCUGUUGUGUGUAUGUUUGAGUUCCGUGGAUAAAUAUUGAUUUGCUCUUUCCCUCCUCAAAUCCUCUUUAAUUUUGAAUCCUUUUCAUUUUGUUCCUGUCUCCUCAGUGGCUGCCCUAUCCCUGCUAGACAGCAGUUCUGCCAGAGAUGAAAGCAACCAGGAUAGCUUAUUUGUGCUCGGCCCCCUACUGUUCUUCCGGGGGCCAGCUGGAAUAUUAACUAGGGAAGGAGACUGCUUGCAAGAACCGUUGGAGUAACUCUGCUCCAAUGCACUGGGCGCUUGUCUCUUGGUAGCUGAAAAGAGCAUGGCCAAAAGGAUUUUUUUUUUAAGUGGGAGUAAAGGGGAAUAAAGAAAAAGAAGAGGUUCAGAGUAGGUCACAACACAAAAGAUAUAUAUAUAGUGGAGGUUGGCUCAUUAGGGUGAAUGGGGCACCAGCCUCACUCUGCCCUCAGCCAGCCCCCACCUGCCCGCAUGUUUACUUAUUUACAAGCACUCCAUGGGGUAGCACUGACUGUCAGCAUCCUGCCCCUUGUAGCACUCAGCAGGGAGGAGGAUGGGAACAAAACUAUCAUCAUCAGGCUCUGCCUAUUGGUCUCCUUGCCUUCUGUCCCAAUGGGCACCAGUCACCACUGACUAGAUCAGUGCCAAACCCAAUGGCAAGUUAAAUGUGUCUAUCUCUGAAGCCGUGCUUGGAAUUCUCCACUUUAAAAGUGUGUGGGGCAUGAUCCAGCUCAGAAACACAAUAUGGUUUUGUUUUGUUUUUUUGUUUUAAAGGUAGCGGGGGUGGGGUGGGGGCUUGGUAGGGAAAAGGUUCAGAAAGAAAGGGUUAACUCUCCCCUCCCCCUCAGGCUGUGAUCCCAGUCCAGAUUGUGGGUGGCUUAGGGAGGCUGGUUUGGGGGGCGGGGGGAAGGAGAGAGAAUCCAAAGCACAAAGCACAGGAUUUGUGCUGUGGUGGGUCGUGAGGUGGAUGGAGAAUGUAGCAUCCUCUCACCACUGUGUAGGGGCCUGGCAAGGUGGCAGCAAGCUCCAAGGAGAUCUGGGGGGCGGGGUGUGUGUGUGUGACAGCCACUCAGGUGCUUAUCACAGCUAAUUAGAUCCUUGAACUGAAAGUAUAGCUCCAUUAUAUCUAUCUAUCUAUCUAUCUAUCUAUCUAUCUAUCUAUCUAUCUAUCAUCUAUCUAUAUCUCAGGCAUUUACAACUAGUGACCCACCAAUCCAAAUGCAGUCCUCAGUCUAUUUAUUGCAUCGUGCCCUUCUGUCUUUGAGAUCUCAGGCAGGCAGGCAGAAAGGAGGCAAACCCAUAAGGUUUACCACACCUCUAGUGGACCAUCAUAUAUAUCUACUGCCCUGUGUUCAGCUGGGUCGGUCACAAGUCAUUUUAACCCCUCUCCUUAGAGUCACUUUAAAAUGUUUUCAGUUUUGUAUGUGCAUGGAAUUUAUUCUGAACCGUGCUGCUCCACUGACAUUUGCUGUACGUUACAAUAUAAAGAACAAGAACAAAUUUAAAAACAAAACAAACCUGUAGCAACAUCUAUUGGAAUGAAAUACUUAGCAAUUAACUUCAAUCAUCUGAACCUAUAUCUGUACGCAGAAUUCUAGGCGCUUGUCAUUUUAACCCUGCAGCGCAUGUCAAACUUCAUGCUUUUGCAAUGUGACUGAAGAACCAAGGAAUACAUCUUGAUCAUGGUCUUUGAAUUCUGGGGACAUUAGGACAAAGGUAGGCAAUGUGGUGACCCAAUGUUGGACUACAACUUCCAUCAGCCCCAGCUGGGAUGGUAAAUGGUCAGAGGUGAUGGGAGUUGUAUUCUGUGACAACCUCUGCAGGGCACCACAUUGGCUAAUCCUGCAUUAGGAUGAUAUUGAAGGGCAAGGAGUCUUCACCUUUGAGAGAACUUUCAUGAGCUCUCAGCCUGACUGGUGACUGGAAAUUUUUCAGUGGGCUGGCCCCCUCCAUUUGAUUUCUUUGAGGAUUGAGCUUCUCACAGUGACCUGCAAUAUUAUUCCUAAUGUGAAUGAGAUUGAUGAUUGCUUAGUGUUUCUCUGCUCCAUGACCUUUCCAAAUGAAUAAGUGCUUUGAACUGGCCAAGAAUGUGUUAUGUGUUGUUUUGUUAGUACUCAAGAAGUACUCGGUUUGAUCAUUAAACUGUGUUUACUGCUGGAAUCUCGUAUGCUCUGGGUCUAUAGAAAAGUUCCUAUAUGUGACCGUGCAGUCUGAAUUCCAAAUUAUGGCAGCUAAACCCUUGAACUGAGUGUCAGAAAAUAAUGCAGAUGAAUGUAUCAUGGCAUCAUUCUUAAUCGUAACUCAUCUGCGGGUUUAUGCUGGCACAAUGAUAGAUUUCCUGUUGAGGCUCUCUUAUAUUUGGCUGCGCUAUUGUAACCUUAGACACACUUACUUGGCAGAAAAUUGCAUUUCAACUCAGUAGUACUUACUUCUGAGCAGGGUUGUGUCAAGUUUAAGAGGCCCCAGAGCAUUACCCAAAAAUGUUUAUUAUUUCAACAGAAAGGACAAUGAAAAUCGAAACAACACGCUUUUAUAUUUGCAGACAUUCCACCACAUAGGCAAGGAGGCAGCCAAAAACGAAACAAUCUAACUAAAAUGAAUAUUUUUGCAAUAAGCCUUUUUGCAUGUGGAAUAACUUGUAAGUGAAGCUGCCUUAUGAUUUCUUAGUUAGCAUAUUUGAAUACUUUGUGUUCCAGCAACGCAAGAGCACUUAUAACACUUAUUCACUGGAAGAAACAAUACAACAUGCACUAGGUGUGUUCUACACAUGACAUCAAAAUUAAAUCACUUCCAUGAUUUUUUUUAAAAAAGAACAUUUGAAAUGAGACAUGAGACUAAUUUAUGAUUAGGCCAAAUAUUUUCUGCAGUCAAGCCUGGUAUGGUCUGCCACCAGUGCUCUUUGACGGCUUAUGGACACCUGGCCGAAUGAAAUUUUGAUAUUAAUUGUGGUUAUUUCUGUACGUGAUAUGACCAAUAAUUGCAUAGUUAUUAAGUAUAUAUACAACAGAACAAUAAUGUCUGGUUUCAGAAUUUCUUCACCCUGCUCCUUUUGAUUUUUAAAUAAUUUAUGUAAAAGUUGAAAUUUAGUAUCUAGGGGGUGCUAAACUGCAGCUUACUUAGCUUGUGUGUUAAUCCAGCACUGCUUCUGGGUAAACAUGCUUAACAUUGGGCACUAAAACUAGCAGCAUGUGUAGAUCUCCCGUGGUUAUUGUCUCAAAGUCCUUGGGAACACGCACCCCAGGAACGACUUUCAGCCAGAUGCCUGUGAGUCAACCCGAUAUUGCUUGUUGUCUUUGGGUGCAAUGCAUUGCAAUUAAGCUUUAUGCAAAGAGGAAUCCUUUCUCUGGGUACAAAGAUGUAGGUCUAAUUAAUAUUGUCUCUGUGCAGGGCAGGGGAGCUUUGCAUGUGGGCGUUCAGUUGUUGUAGGAUUCUAGUGCCCAUCAGCAUGGCCAAUGGUUAGGGAUGAUAAGAGUUGUACUCCAAUGCAAUCUGGAGGCACCAUAGGUUAGCCACGCCUGCUGUGGGGAAUGAGAAGUUGGAUCAUCUUAAAAAAUGAUCCUGGUUGUGGGCAGGCCCUCAAUACAGCUCCACCCCACCCCCCAGUGUAGGUGGAGUGAGGCCUUCCACGCCAGGGUGGCACCACAAUCAUCCCAGGCCUCCUUGGCCAAACACUUUGAGAGAGGUGAUUGUGUGUGGGGGUGGGGGUGGUAUAUGAGCGGCAGCGCAUCGUGUGCUGCGCACCUGCUUCGCGCUGCCAAGCACUCAUCCACCCGCCCUUUUAUUUUAGGUGUCCUCUGGCCUUGCUUUGGACUUUGGUUGGUCACCUGUCUUGGGACGGGGGCCAGUAGGAAUUUUUCCAUUUGGCAGACUGGCAUUGGCCACAUGGUUUUCACCUACCUCUUAGCAAUCGUCACAACUUUGUAAUGUUUGGCGGUUAGGCAUUGGCUUAUUGAUGUGGGAGGGGGGAAGGGCAGGUCAGCCAUUGCCUGCCCCUCCAUGUCCAAGGGUAUUCCGUUAAAGGAAUCCGGGGCCUGGAUCUUGUCCGAAGUCCACUUGAGGGGCUAGGGCCAUGCCAGGCCUCUGGGAACAUGGAGGAGAGCUGCAGGCGGGUUCCCCCAAUGUGGUACCUCUUUCGGUGGUUUACCCUUUCAUGACUCCCUGCAAGGUGGGCAGGAGUCAGAUAUAGUCUAUUGCCAAUGCCUAAGCCAAUACAUUUACCGUAAUCAAGAAAGUUGUGGCCUAAAUUUUGCCCAUUAAACUUAAACCAAAAUUCUGUGUUAGUGUGAAUUUAUUUCUUAUGGGGGGCUGGCUUGGGGCCUUGACACGCAACUGAUAACCCUACAGUCCCUUCUGAAUAUUACCUCAGCAGUGAAAAUUCAGGUUUAAACAGCCACUACAUAAUAGAAAACAAUAGCCUAUUCCUGGCAGUGAGGAGGAAUAAAUAUUCCAACUGUGAUUAAGAAGGUCCCUGGUUUUCCAAUAAAGUACAAAACACCUCCCUCCAUUUCUGAAAACCCAAGAAAAAUCCAUGUGCAUUAUUUUUGCCUUUGCAGGUUGUGCAUUAUUGAUGGCAUGAACAUUUCUGUGGCAGCUUCUGCUGGGAGCCUGUUCUUUGUGUAAGGAGAACAACAUUAACGCCUUGAAUGUGCUUCUGAGAAACCGAUUGCCGUUUCAGACCACUGCUCAGCGUGGGCCCAGAUUGUUGUGUGCGUGUGGGGAAGCCCAACAUGAAUUCAUCACUUCUUUCCUCGGCAGGAAACUAUUCCAUUCAGAAUGUCUCAAAGGAGGCUUCUGGACUUGUUCACUUUGAGGAUGAAGACUGUCACGUGCCUUUGGCGAUGGUGUUCACCUUGGCUCUGGCUUACGGGGCCGUCAUCCUUCUGGGCAUCUCUGGGAACCUGGCCUUGAUCAUCAUCAUCUUAAAACAAAAGGAGAUGCGCAACGUGACUAACAUCCUCAUUGUCAACCUUUCCUUUUCGGACCUCCUCAUCACCAUCAUGUGUCUUCCCUUCACCUUUGUCUACACCUUAAUGGAUCACUGGGUCUUUGGCGAGGCCAUGUGCAAGCUGAACCCUUUUGUGCAGUGUGUCUCCAUCACAGUCUCAGUUUUCUCUUUGGUCCUCAUUGCUAUUGAGCGCCACCAGCUGAUUAUCAACCCUCGUGGCUGGAGGCCAAACAACAGACAUGCCUACAUAGGGAUUGCUGCGAUCUGGACUCUAGCAGUGGCUUCAUCUUUGCCUUUCCUGGUGUAUCACAUACUGACUGAUGAACCUUUCACCAAUCUAACAAUAGAGGAAUACAAAGGGAAGUACGUGUGCUUGGAUUCCUUUCCACUGGAGACAAUCAGGCUCUCGUAUACCACAGCUCUCUUGGUGAUACAGUACUUGGGACCCCUUUGCUUUAUAUUUAUUUGCUACUUAAAGGUAAGAGAGAAUCUUGUUUUCGUGAUGUGUCUUACCCGUUCUUUGUUUCCUCCAAAGAAAUGCCUGUAGGAUCCACAGUUUUAGGUUACACAGUUGUUUUUGAAUUUUUGUUUUCCCGCAGAUAUACAUGCGCUUAAAAAGGAGGAGCAACAUGAUGGAUAAGAUGAGAGACAAUAAAUACCGAUCCACUGAAACGAAAAGGAUCAACAUCAUGCUCAUCUCGAUUGUGGUGGCCUUUGCGGUGUGCUGGCUCCCUCUGACCGUUUUUAACACAGUCUUUGACUGGAACCAUGAAAUUCUACCUGUUGCUUCUUGCAGCCACAAUUUGCUGUUCCUGAUCUGUCACCUCACGGCUAUGAUCUCUACCUGCGUGAACCCCAUCUUUUAUGGGUUCCUCAACAAGAACUUCCAGAGGGAUUUGCAGGUUUUCUUUCGCUUUUGCGAUUUCCACCCUAGGGAUGAUGACUACGAGACGAUAGCCAUGUCCACCAUGCAUACAGACAUUUCAAAGACCUCUUUGAAGCAAGCGAGCCCCAUUGCAUUUAAGAAAAUUAGUGACAGUGACGAUGAAAGACUAUAGCUCCCAAAGCUCCCGCAACAGAUGAUAUAGUUUCAGGGAUCAAGCACAAUGCUUUAAAGAAGUCAACAUCUUCCCCUCUCCCUCACUGAGGAACUUUAAACUGUCACUUUCAUUUCUGUGGUUCAACUGCUGCUGGUCCCUACCCCCUUUUCGCUGCUUGUAAAAACCAGAGCAAAUCUAUCUAAUCCCUAAUAUAUUAUGAAAGUUGGGUCUAUUUCUGCUUGAAGCUCUCAUCAAAAGAACGUUUUUGAGUCUUUUUCUUUGUGCAUUGAUACAUUUCUGCCUUUAAAUUUGUUAACUGUAUUUAUUUAAAAGAGUAUAUUUUAAUUGGGAAUGCAUACUAUUUCCGGGGGGGGGGGAGGUGUUACCCCUUCUUUUCCCAGAUUUUAUCCUCCCUGCCCAAAGAAUACCUGCAGGUAUACCUGGAAAGACUGUAGCUCAGUGGUAGAAAAUAUACUUUUCAUUGUAGAAGUUCCCAGGUAUCUAUCUGUGCCAUUUCCAAGUAGGACUACUUCUGCCUGAAAUCUUUGAAAUCCUCUGCCAGUUAGUAUUGAAAAUAGUUAGUCAGAUGGGCCAGCUGUCUCGACUUGAUAGCUAUCUAUAUUCUUAUGUAUCUGUUCCCCACACUAAGCAAUUAGAAAAAAAUGGGACCCCCCCCCAAUAUCAUUACUGUAGGAAUGGGGGAAAUAAAUGUUUUCAGAGGAAUGGUAGUAAAUGGGGUAGAUUACCAUGGGCCCCCUCCCCCACAUAAGACUCAAGCCUUUAGCAUAAACCCACUUCUAAACAGAAUCAGGCCGUUCUGCUUUGAGCAGCUGUUUUGCAGCAGAAUCCUAACCAUGUGUUAACUCAGAAGCAAGGAUUUCAGCCUUAGUCUUAGAAAAUACCUUCCUGUGUCAGAAGCAACAGACUGCCAUUGAAGUAUUACUCCAAAACCUGCAGAUUAUACUUAAAUUUACACGAUUCGCUAACUGCAUCUGAGUUAUUUAAAGGUGUGUGUAAUUCAAAAUGAAAAAUGAACAGGAUUAACAGAAUUAAAUAGCUAGUCGUGGACCCUGUCCAGCCUAGGAUUAGCACUUUAAGGCCCCAAUGUUAAGCACACAUGCAAGGGGAGUAAAUCACCCUGGCUAAGCGGCACCUUCCUCUAGGUAAGGAUUGUUAGGAUUACACAUCACACCCUUUAGCAUCCAUGGGGUGUGAUGUGUAAUCCUAACUAUUAUUUUAAUAUCUAUACUGGUGAUAGUUGGUUACAUGCUUAACACCCUCUCUUGUAAGUCACUGGGUCUUAAAAUUGUGCAGUUCAUACACACAGUAACUUUGACAGCAGUAUCCACAAAUAUAUUUGACUGAGUUUUGUAAAGAAACUACCUGUACCCGUAUAUUUUGUCCCACAGGGUAACUAGCAGCUUAAAUGUCUGUGUGGGUGUUUAAUUGGGAAAAUGAGGCAGGGAGCAAGGUUUAUCACUCUUGAGCCCAGUCCCGCAGCCCUGAUUAGAGUCUCCUGACCCCACAGCUGCCAUUAAAGUCCUUUUCUUUAAAACAAAAAAACAGAGCAGGAGUUCUGGUCCCAGGUCUCCUAAUGCCACAUCUAGUUGUAUCCCAAGGGCAGCUCAAUUUACACAAAUGUACACAGGGACAAAGCACACUGAGAUGGUAAAUUAGGACUUAAGUCCUAAUUCUGAGGCACCACAUUUGAUUAACUCAGUAUGCAGGCUGACUCACGACCUAAUAGGCAGUAUUAGCCACUGUUAUUGUUUCUAAGCAUCUCAGGUUAUUACAUAAAAUAUGUCCCAGUGACUUGAUACCAUUCGUAGUCAUUAGCCUAAUUCGGUAGCAUAAUUAUGCUCAUGGUCUGUGACCAGAUUUUCAUGGUUUAACCGUCUUGAAAGGUAGUGGCAGCGACUGCAUCCAUUGUGAUUUCUGACUGAAAACUAACUUGAUUAUUUGAGGCUCUUUGUUGUUUGGCAGCUAUGGUGCACCAUAGCAAUCUACACAAGCCAGGGCUGUCUCAUUCACAUAAAACUGGGGAAAUGUUCAGGGCUGUAGCCACAAGGUAGACAGCACCCCAUAAAAUAAAAAGAGGAAAUGGAAUGCUUAGGUGUGCUGCUCUGGAAAACCCUCCCCCAUCAACCUGUCCUUCAGAAGCAUUUCUUUUUUUUUAACCAACAACACCUUGAUGAAGGGGUUUCCUUGUCACACAUUGGAAAUCAUAUCUACUCUUUUUCUUUUGGCUUUCGAUGGCUUUCCCACCCUCCCUAUACAACUGCUGUUGAUCCUCUGCUUUUAAAAUACGAACAAAGCAAUCCUAAAGCUGGCCAAAGGCCUGCUAAGGGACCAUUUGAAGUGGUGCAAGUGCUUUUCUGUGGUGAUGUACCUUACCCGAGAAGAUGCUAAGAUCUGUGGGCACAGAUACCCACUGGUGUUAAGCGUGAAAGAGGGCAGGUAGAAUGUGGAUAAUUUUUUGGGGGGAGGGCUUAGAGCAGGCAUCCUCAGACUCAGCAGCCCUACAGCUGUUUUGGAACUACAAAACAAUUCCCAUCAUCCCUGACCACUGGUCCUGUUAGCUAGGCCCAAAACAGCUGGAGGGCCGAGUUUGGGGAUGCCUGGCUUAGAGACACAAGAUCCAAGGUCCCCUCAUUUUGCUGACAUGCCCCUGAAAAGGGCAAAGAACUAUACCAGCCCUGAAGAUGGCAUAGUGAUUCCUCCCUCCCUCACUGAUAUCAGUUGAAGGGAAUGAACAACCAAACCAAACCAAAUGGUGGUGGAAAGCUGACCCUGGCAGGGUUUUUGAUAUGGCAGAGCAACCACCAUGAAAUAAGCUGGUGGGGCUGUGGAUAUGGCAGAGCAGUCACCAUAAAACCUCACCACCACCAAUAAGACUGCAAGGCAAGCUAAAUAGACCUUUUAUUUGUGGCCAUGUAAAGAAAAAACACACACACAUACAUCUAGUAUUUUAUUCCAGUAGCUCCUUAAGAAAUAAAUUGAUAUUUUCCUCGCAGUUUGUUUGUCAAUGAGAGCCCUUUACUGGGCUAACUGACAAGGAGGGUUUGCCCCUCCCCCAAGUUAUAUCCUUAUAUAACCCUUUUUUGAAGUCACACCCUCAUAAUAAAAUGUAAUGCUGCUACAUAACUAUAAACAUAUUAGGCUACUUUAGUUAGAUUCCAACUGUUCUGCAUUGAUUUCCCCAUAACUGACAUCUUUUUAGGCCUCCUCAGUGCAAAAUGUCUUACGCAGCAGCUUGGCUGGCGUGUGCACCUGUAGCAUCACCCCCCCAACACUGAAAUGAUUGGGCCAUCACCACCUCACACAAAACUUAGAGCUCGGUUGGGCUCUUGCAGAGCUUUGGAUUGCAGGGUAACAAUGUAUUGUACAGUCUUGUAGAUAACUAUAUUAUAUUAGAAGGCUUUCUGGUGUUCAGUAUAUAUAGUUACAGAGUUGGGUUGUGGGAUCUGUGUUGACAUAAAUUUAUUGAAGCAAAUGGAAAGACACUGUUUUCUUACAGCUGUUAAAAUUUCUAUAUAUUGAUUGUGCCUGUCAAUUCAAUAAUCACCAAGGGUCCAGGUCAGGCAUUCGUUCUUGUUCUUGUUAUUAUCCAUGCAGUGACCAAGGAAUUUAGUAUAAGUAACGGACAGACUUGUACCAAUAAUGAUGAUGAACUUUAUAUAUUAUUAUAAAUUUGCCAAGAAUAAAUGCCUAUGAGAUUAAAAUACUUAACUUUUCUCCA